UGACGUCAUAUUUUUUUCUGCAAAAUAGCUAUGCUGUUGGCAACAUUGAAGUAGCGUUUCUGAUUUCGGCCAUUUACAUCCGGUCCGGUCUUCAAUCUGCUGAAGUUGUUUCCAGCAGGUUUCAAAGAUGACCAACUCCAAGGGAUACAGGCGGGGUACCCGCGACAUGUUCUCGCGGCCCUUCAGAAAGCAUGGUGUCAUCCCCCUGUCUACAUACAUGAAAGUGUACAGAGUCGGAGACAUUGUUGACAUCAAGGGUCAUGGUGCAGUCCAAAAGGGUAUGCCCUACAAGGUUUAUCACGGAAAGACUGGCCGUGUUUACAACGUCACUCAACACGCUCUUGGUGUCAUUGUCAACAAGAGGGUGCGCGGUAGAAUCAUUCCCAAGAGGAUUAAUAUCCGUAUUGAGCACGUCAAGCAUUCGAAAUGCAGAGAAGAUUUCUUGAGGCGCGUCAAGGAGAAUGAACUCAAGCGCAAGGAGGCCAAGGAAAAGGGAGUCAAGUGUGACCUCAGGAGACAGCCUGCCCAGCCUAGGAAAGCACACAUUGUCAGCGGCAAAGUGGAACCUGUGAUGCUGGCACCCAUCCCUUACGAGUUCAUUGCUUAAUUCUAAUAAAGUAUCUCCUUAUUGUGUA